AUGAGGCAGCCCACCAGCGCGGGCGGCGACGCUGGGUUCGUGCGCGCGGACCAGAUCGACCUCAAGAGCCUGGACGAGCAGCUCGAGCGCCACCUCGGACGCCCGGCGGAGCGGGGAGUCGGCCUAGCCUCCGGGACGGGGAGCCGCCGCGGCGAGUCCGCGAGGCUGCAGGGCCCGGAGGAGCUGACGCCGCUGCGGCGGUGCCGUGAGGACUGGGAGAUCGACCCCGCCAAGCUCGUCAUCAAGGGCGUCAUCGCGCGCGGCACCUUUGGCACCGUGCACCGCGGCGUCUACGACGGCCAGGACGUCGCCGUAAAAAUGCUUGACUGGGGCGAGGAUGGUCAUAGAUCAGAACAAGAAAUUGCUGCACUAAGAGCAGCGUUUGCACAAGAGGUCGCUGUGUGGCAUAAGCUUGACCAUCCAAAUGUUACUAAGUUUAUUGGGGCUAUAAUGGGUGCAAGAGAUUUAAAUAUACAGACGGAAAAUGGACAUCUUGGCAUGCCAAGUAAUAUUUGCUGUGUUGUUGUUGAGUACCUUCCUGGAGGUGCACUGAAAAAUUUUCUGAUAAAGAACAGGAGAAGGAAGCUUGCCUUUAAAGUUGUGGUCCAAAUAGCUCUUGACCUUGCCAGGGGAUUAUGCUAUCUCCACUCAAAGAAGAUAGUGCAUCGUGAUGUCAAGACUGAAAAUAUGCUUCUGGACAAAACGAGAACUGUAAAAAUUGCUGAUUUUGGUGUUGCUCGAGUCGAGGCUUCAAAUCCUAGCGAUAUGACGGGUGAAACAGGGACACUUGGUUACAUGGCUCCUGAGGUUCUCAAUGGCCAUGCUUACAACAGGAAGUGUGACGUGUACAGCUUUGGGAUCUGCCUGUGGGAGAUAUACUGCUGUGACAUGCCGUACCCUGAUCUUAGCUUUUCUGAAGUCACCUCUGCCGUGGUUCGCCAGAACCUGAGGCCUGAGAUACCACGAUGCUGCCCGAGCUCGCUAGCGAACGUGAUGAAGCGGUGCUGGGACGCGAACCCGGACAAGCGCCCCGAGAUGGCGGAGGUGGUGUCCAUGCUGGAGGCGAUCGACACGUCCAAGGGUGGCGGCAUGAUCCCCAAGGACCAGUCGCAGGGCUGCCUCUCGUGCUUCCGCCGGCACCGAGGCCCCUAACGCAGACGCAGGCCCAGGUUGCUUAUACCCGGUGAAAUGAAAUGAUGACAGUGGUAUCUACAACUUCAUUUGUAAUCUAAUCGCAGAACUGGCUAUAACGGAGAAGCUUCCCAUUGCUUGUCAUGGGUGUAAAUGGAUGGGGUGGUUGACGAUUGAUGUCCUUGUAUGCUCGCUUCGAGUUCUAAUGCUUGCUGUAAGUUAAGGUCAGGUGUAGAGAGAGUUGCUGCGGCCGUUUGCUCACAUCGUUAAUUUCAUUCAUGGCCGUGACGUGAAGCAGGGUUAUUAUGUACUGUUGGAUUAACCAUCUCUUUACAUAUAAUGUUAUUAAUUAUUAAAUAACACAUGAAUUAUCUUCAGUAAAUCCGAUUUUGGAGCGAAGAUAAAA